AUGAAAAGUAAUACUAUCUCUAAUAUUAGUGUAUAUCCCGAGUGCAAUGCUUACAUAGCUAAAGGUUUUAUUACUACAGAUAUGUCAACUUUAAAAAUAUACAAUAAAAAAGAGAAAAAAAAUAUAUCAAAUUUUUCUAUAAAGUUUUUUAUAUUUGCCUUUUUAAUUUGGAUAUUGCAAUGUUCCAAUACUUGGUCCUCUUUUAGAUCUUGGAAUUACAAAAAUGACUCAAAACACAUAUCAAAUUUAGGAGCUAAAAGAUCAUUAGCCGAAAGUGAAGAUGUAGAAAAGCA